UCUUUUAGCAUAUCGGCUAGUCGUUGCGACGCCGCUGCUUUCUGCCGCUACGGUCCGUCGGCUCGGGGACAUUCGACCCUUUUGACUCCCCCGGCCCAUUUAAACCGAUUUUUAACGUUGGUAACUUAACUUCGGUUAUUUAUCAUGAUAGAAGUUGAUCGAAGGGCUCGUUAACUUUACGUCUUAUCGUUGAUUUUUCCAACCGAUUUGGCGGGACUAGAUCGGGUGAACAACAGGACGAGCUAACAGCUAACGUUAGCAGAAGCUAGGCGCUGAGACACGGUUUGUUUCUUCAGGGAGCUAACACAGCUAGCAUUAGCGAGCUGUCAUGGAAGACAAAUCUUUUACUAAAGAAUUAGACCAAUGGAUCGAACAGCUAAACGAGUGUAAGCAGCUAUCGGAAAACCAAGUCCGGACACUCUGCGAGAAGGCCAAGGAGAUCCUGACCAAGGAGUCCAACGUUCAGGAGGUGCGAUGCCCGGUGACGGUGUGCGGCGACGUCCACGGUCAGUUCCACGACCUGAUGGAGCUGUUCAAGAUCGGAGGCAAGUCUCCCGACACCAACUACCUGUUCAUGGGAGACUACGUCGACAGAGGCUACUACUCUGUGGAGACGGUCACGCUGCUCGUCACACUUAAG